AUCAAAGAAUCCCGAUGGAUCCGGUGGUGCUUUGGGUGUCAUUACACUGGAAGAUGUCAUUGAAGAACUGAUUGGCGAGGAAAUUGUGGAUGAAACGGACGUUUAUGUGGACGGUACGUACUCACUAACAAUAUGUCGAGUCGAUAUGCUGCGAGAUUCAAUGUCAUCGUUAACCUUUUUUUUUUCUUUUCGACAGUGCAUUCUAAAGUAAAAGUGGCUCGAAAACGACUUCAGGCUUCAUCUGCAUCGUAUCGACCGUUAUUUCAAAUUGUACGCAACAACACCAAAGCUGGAUUGCGACAACCAUUACCGCACCGUGUAUCCAGCCGAGUCAAUCUGCGACGUGCACCGUCUCAAGAAGCUCUCCUCAUUUCUCAGCAAGCCAACCAACAUAGACCAGCCGAAGAAUCCGAUUCUGGAAUCGAAAGACGAAUCAAAGGUUAUGGAGCCGUCGUUGAUCAUGAAACGGGAGACAGUAGUGUUUUAUCCACUUCCUACAAUGACCAUCGUUCCUGACCAGAUAAUCUCUGCUUUUCCAACUGUAUCAUAUGUUCUGCUGUAUAAAAUAAGGCUGAAAAUAAAUGAAUAAAGAGCGUUCCAGAAAUUCAUAAGCUUGA